AUGACGCAUAUUUCUCUGGGCUGCAGGUUUCUCGGUACAACAGUGGAGAGUUCUUCCGUACUGCCUCUGCUACAGAGUCUGGUGCAACAACUGAGUAUGCUGGGAAAUCAAAGCCCACGAAGCGGCCUGCUGUCGUUUGACGAAGCCAUGCUUUGGCGCUCGUUCGACCCGCCGUCACGGACAGUACUGCAGACGACAGUCCGUACCUCAGUCGACUUCCUGUUCAGUCGUCUGGAGAAACUGCACGGCCGGAUAUUGGUGUGUCGCGCCUUGGGAUAUUUUACCUUAGCCAAUAACGAAAUCACCGAGGUGGAGCUUGAUGACGUGUUGUGAUGCGAUGAUGACGUAUUAAAUGACGUCUACACCUACUGGACACCGCCCAUGCGCAGACUGCCCCUCUACUUCUCGUGUGCAUACGGGCGGACAUCGACCAAUAUAUCG